GCCCUCCUCGGCACCCACUUUUUCCCCACCCUUGCCAGGCCUUUCCUGCCAUUUCAGGUGACUCUUCGCCCCGAUUCUUCCUGCUGCUGGGCCCUCCCUGCUUAUCCUCAGGGCCCAGCUGCAGCAUCACCUCCGCUGGGCCACCUUCCCUGGCCACACGGCCCCCUCCACAGGCAGCUCGCUGAGCGCGGGUGGCUAGAGCCCUCUGGGCAGCAUCUUGGGGGUUUGUCUUGGGUUUGUCUCUAUUCUGUGGUCUGGUGCCAGGAGGAGGGACCCACCCUGGCAUGUGGCCCUGCCGCACUCCUCUUACUGCCACAGGGUUCUGUGGGUGGCCACCCCUACACCAUGCCCCAGGGCAGGGCCCCUCUUCGGUUCAGGGGACCAGUAGCCCAGGCUCCCCCUCCCCUGCACACUCCCAGCACCAGGCUCACCUGGUCCCCAGUGUUCAGUGGGGCUGGACUCCGGGGUGGGCUCAGAAGGGAGGUGUGAGAACAGCAUCUGUCCAGGGGCCUCUGGGCAUCCUUGGCUCCUCUCUACUCACCACCCUGCCCCUACCUGACCCAUCCCAAAUCCUGCCACUCCUCUCCCCUCUUCCCUCCAGGAUGCCUGCAACACCCCCCUGCCGUAGGUCUCCCUGGGCUACUCUUGUCCUCAAGACCCUGUGUCUUUCCCCGCUGUCCCCCCACGGCCAGUGCCCUGUUCCUCUCACACCCCGAGCUCUCUCCCACCUUGCCUGUCCUCUGCUGUUCCCCAGCUGCAAUGUCACUCUCCACUCCUCCAGGAGCCUGCCCAGGGAGACACCCCCCACCCAAAACUUCAGGACACAUACGACCAUGUGAACUUGGCACGUUUCCGUGCUAACCAGUUUCUUGCGGCGACGCCAGGAGGGAAGGGACCCAUGUCCAUCCUCUAGUGUGCCCAGGGCUGAAGCACUUGCCGAGGGGGUGCACGGAAUGUGCGUGACUGAGUGAGCUGCCCCUUGAAUAAGCCACCGCAGUGGGACUUUGAGCCAGUCUCGCUCUCUCCAGGCCUCGCCUGCGGCGCCCCACCCGCCUCUCCCCAGCUGCAGGGAAUUGGGUAAAUAAUGUGCUUGCCCCCCAGAAACUGGGAGGAGGGAGCCAGAUCCCCUCCAAGCGCAUUCCCACUCUCAUCCCUCUGACUUCAGCCACCCACGCAGCGCCUCCUCCCAGCCCCACCCUGCCCAGCCCCUCCCAGGUGCCCGCAGUUGGAGCCGCCGCUCCCACAGCACCUCCAACCCCAGCGGUUCACCAUGGGGGCUCUGAGACCCUGGGCCCGAUUCCCACUACUGGUUGUGGCCCACCUGCUAGCCCUGGGGAUUGGGGCUGCUGUGUUUCAGGCCCUGGAGGGGCCUCCGGCACGCCAGCUCCAGGCCAAGCUCAGGGCCGAGCUGGCCACUUUCCAGGCGGAGUAUGGGGCCUGCCUGCCCCCCGGGGCCCUGGAGGAGCUGCUGGGCACCGCCCUAGCAGCCCAGGUCCACGGGGUCUCCAGCCUGGGCAAUGGCUCAGAGGCCGGGAACUGGGAUCUGCCCUCGGCCCUGCUCUUCACUGCCAGCCUCCUCACCACCACGGGUUACGGCUACAUGGCCCCACUAUCGGCAGGUGGAAAGGCUUUCUGCAUGGUCUACGCCACCCUCGGGCUGCCAGCCUCCCUAGCGCUCCUGGCUGCACUGCGCCGCGGCCUGCUGCCCCUGCUCAGCCGGCCCGGGGCCUGGGUAGCCGGCCAGUGGCAGCUGGCCCCGGCCAGGGCCGCACUGCUGCAGGCGGCUGGAUGGGGCCUGCUAGUGGCUGCGACGUUCGUGCUGCUGCCGGCACUGGUGCUGUGGGGUCUGCAGGGCGACGGCAGCCUGCUGGAGGCCAUCUACUUCUGCUUCGGCUCACUCAGCACCAUCGGCCUGGGGGACCUGCUGCCAGGCCGCGGCCGUGGCCUGCACCCUGUGCUCUACCACCUUGGCCAGCUGGCGCUUCUCGGUUACUUGCUCCUCGGGCUCCUGGCCAUGCUGCUGGCUGUGGAGACAUUCUCAGAGCUGCCACAGGUCCGUGCCAUGGUGAAGUUCUUUGGGUCCAGUGGCCCGUUGACUGCUGAAGACCAAGGGGGCAUCCUGGGCCAGGAUGAACUGGCUCUGAGCACCCUGCCACCCUCGGCUGCAGCCCCAGAACAGGCCCCAACUUGCCGACAGGGGUCAGGAGGUGGCGUUGAGCUCCUUUCAGGGGGACAAGCCUGACGACGAUGAGGCCUCCAGAGAUGGCAGGGGAGGGAGUGAGUGUAAGGA